ACUAUAGAGAGUCAAAUCCCCUUCCCCAAAUAAAACAAUAUGUCUUCCGAUGAAAGCAGUUCAAAGAGAACCAGAGCCACGGGAGAAGUGUUAGAUUUCCUUUUAGCGGAAUUCGAAAGAAACCCCAAUCCAACUCCUGAACAACGAAGGUUCAUAAGUGAGAAGGCAGGCAUGAAUGAAAAAGCCAUCAGAAUAUGGUUUCAAAACAGAAGAGCUAAAAUAAGAAAAUUUGAACGUAUGCAAAAGCAAGGUCACAGUACCAUCCCACCACCACCUUCAAUCUCCCUGAGAUCCUCCAGUUAUAGAUAUAGUAUGGGAUCAGUUGAUCUUAGUUAUAGAUUAGCUUCAAAUAUUCCAAUCGAAAUCAACGAAAAAUACUGUUUUGUCGACUGUUCUUCCUUAUCCGUGGGUUCAUGGCAAAGAAUUAAGACAGGAUAUCACGAUGAAAAAUUAUUAAGCAACAACCUUUCCAAUUUGUCACCUUUUACAUUGAAUACUAUUAUGAACAAUGUUGACUUGUUGGUAAUAUUGUCAAAGAAGAACUUUGAAAUCAACUAUUUCUUCCUGGCAAUUUCCAAUAAUUCCAAGAUAUUAUUCAGAAUCUUUUAUCCUAUAAGUUCAAUUGUUACUUGUUCAUUGUUGGAUAACAACAUUAACAAGGAAAACAAUGAAUUAAGAGUAUGCCUCGCCCACCAGCCCAAAUUUUCAGUAUAUUUCUUCAAUGGUAUAAAUUCCAAUUCUAAUCAAUGGUCAAUAUGUGAUGAUUUUAGUGAAGGACAACAAGUGAGUCAAGCCUAUGUGCAAGAAAGUGGAGGUACUUCCAUUCCACAUGUAUUAGUUGGGGUUAAGAGUUCAUUGCAAUAUCUUAAUCUGUUUAUAUUGGAAAACAACCAAAUCUAUUCCAAUCCAGCUAUUAUGGGUACUACUGAAAAUACUUCCCAUUCCACUUCGGUUAGUAUAACUAAUGGUGAAUUUGAUCAGAAUGAAAUUCCUUCGCUUUGGGAUGAGAAAUCAAUAGCAAGUAACAGAUCUUCAAUACCAUAUCCUCCACAAUCUGGUCCUUCCUCAAUAUAUAACAACAACCACUACCCAACCAACCCAAGCAAUCUCCACAACAAUAACUUUUCAGCCAAUUCGAAUACUACAAGUGCCACAACUAAUAAUGACGAAUCGCCCUUUUCAGUAAAUUCUAAUAAUAACCAAUACUAUUCUGAGGAUACCCCACAAUCUAGCAACUCCUUAAAACCUGCCUUCAAUCCUAAUUCAGACAUUCAUGAACCAAUGAUAAGUACUUCAGCACCAACCCCUGAUAUUUUUACAUCCAUCAAUGAAGGAAGUUUCAAUCAACCACCACAUGUGUUGGCAUUGAACACCAGCAAUGGCAACAACAAUGGUGGUUCCGGUAAUGAUUCAGACUCCCUUAGUAGUCCAAGUAACAACAGUGCCAACGUAUCAGGAUCAGCACCAGCACACGCAUACACUCAUCAAAACUUUAACAAUAACAACAGCUUACAUAACCCCGAUACCAAUCCAUCUGAAUUUAUAAAUGAUACAAACUUCAAGUUUGAUUUGGGAGAUUUUGCAACUGAAGACAACAAUAAUCAUCUGGGGAGUACCGAACAUGGCGUGGAUAAUUUUAUAGACUUUGGAAGUAACUAUCCAUAAUUGCAUGGUGAUAUUCAACCCUCACCACUUUAACCACCCUUUUUUUUAUUAUUCACUAAUUUUGACUGCAUUAACAACAAUUACACUUUCAUUUAAUUCUCAACAAUUCAUAUUUAUUUCAUUUCAAAGUCAAUGCUGAAAGCUUGAAAAAUAAAAAAAGACGUUUUCGUCUCUGUAUUUAAAAUAUAAAAUAUUUAGAGUUUUACAUAUUUAUUUAUUACUAUAAACUAUUUUUC